AUGCAGUUGUACAUCCCGUUUGCCGUCCUUUGGAUAUGGGCGAACCUAGUUACAGCCAACAAAGCAGUACUUUCUGACAAAAAUCCGCAGGCAUGUAGCGGAAUGUAUUCACGAGAAGACUGGGGAGGAAAAAUCGACCCGUACAUUUCUUUCAACCUAAGGGAACUGUCUAAUACAAAGGGUGUGUCAGUGGCCAUCUUUGAUUUUAAAGACUACGAACACCUCGGAGUUUAUGUCGAUUCAUCUCCGUACUAUAUCUGCGACGAUUAUGCUAUCGAAAAGGGUGCUUGUAAUGCAACUCAUAAAAACGAAUACAUCGUGCGGAACCUGAUAACAGACCCAACGACCGGGGAAAACGAGACCUUGUCUGCCCAAGUACAGAGCUUUUACCAGACCGAAACUGGGCUCCACGAAACCCGAUACUCCGUCAAAUCGACGGGCUACUACUGUGUGGUCGCAUCGUCGAUUGACAGCUCAUCCCCCAAAUUCUCUGCGACUAUCAAUUUUAGAAAUGCCUUUGGACAACUUCCAGCCGCAGAGAUCAACAAUUUACCUCUCUACGGACUUUUGGCUAUCUUCUAUCUCGUGGCCAUGGCUUUGUACAGCUUUGCCUUCUGGAAACAUAAGAACGAACUUCUACCCUUGCAAAAGUAUUUGUUAGCGUUUUUCGCUUUCCUUACAGUGGAACAAAUAUUUAUCUGGGCAUAUUAUGAUAUAAAAAACGAAAAGGGCGACACGGCGGGUACCAAGGUUUAUAUGGUUUUUGUGUCCAUUUUGACUUCUGCUAAAACUUCCUUCAGUUUCUUUCUCCUGUUAGUGAUUGCCCUAGGCUAUGGUGUCGUGUACCCAAAGCUUAACAAAAAGCUAAUGAGACGCUGUCAAAUAUUUGCAGGUGUAAACUUUGUUCUGAGCGUGGCCUAUCUCAUCCAAAACUACCUAACAAACCCAGAGUCCGUGACUCUGUGGCCAUUAGCAACGUUGGUUCCUCUGGGAAUAACCAUGCUGGGGUUUUACUUUUGGAUCCUAAGGUCCAUGUCCCAAACACUACGCUACUUGCAAGAACAAAGGCAGGUUGUAAAGCUGAAAAUGUACAAAAAAUUGUUGUCCACGAUCUACUUUUCUUUGCUCGUUUUGUUUGCUGGUAUUGUUCUAUCUUCUUUUGUUUUCAUCGGAAUGAAUUCUAUCGAGAUGGUGGAGCAACACUGGAGGACAAGGUUUUUCUUUGUAGAUUUCUGGCCGUCCCUCGUUUACUACUUCGUAUUUGUGACCGUUGCAUUUAUCUGGAGACCAACUGAUACUUCUUACAUGUUGGCAUGCUCCCAGCAAUUACCAACAGAUCCUGAAAAUGUCGCCGAUUUUGACCUAGACGAUCUUCAGUCUUUAGAGGGUCCAUCUGCGCACAUAGACGAUGACCUUAACUUUUCAGAUGACGAAGAGCUUCCUCGUAGAGACUCCGACUCCAAAAAACCAGAUAAAUGA